AUGGGCAGAACCUCGCUGCUGCUGAAGCCAGGAGUGCAGCAAUUUUUGAGGAAAUUCUGUCAAAAACAAAUCCGAGCACUACGCUUCCCCUUCGCUCAAAAUGUUCGAAGCGUUGGCGAAGCGCGUCGUGCACUUCUGGAAACAUGCUGCAAUUCGAUCAAUCCAGAAAAAAACAUCAGCAGUGCAAUUAGACGAGAACAAAAAGAAGUAGAAGCUAGUUAUAGCGGCGGAGUGCUCGAUCAACGUGAAACAAUCACCGCCGUCAACCAGAAUCUCUAG